CAAGCAGUAUACUGCAACAUAUAGUCACUUGUAGGAAUCGUCGACAUCGAAUUCGACAUCUGUUCACGAAUCUCGUACAAGCGUGCGCGUGCGUGUAUUUGUAUUAGCGUACGUGCAAGAAAGAAGAGAAACAGAUAAAGAGAGGCAAUAAAAAUAAAGAGAGAAAAGGAUAUAAAAAGAAAUUAAGAAAGAAGUGGAUAAAGUGUUCUUACGCGGACCGUCCGUGCGAUUUAUGCAAAAUCUCGUGCAUAACGUGGAUGUAUUGUCACAAGGAUUAAAAUACAGUAUAUCAGGACUAAUGAACCUCGCAAAUCAGACUACUGAUCCUCAAAGUCGUGUUUUCUUUGUUAACUUCAAUCAGGAUUGCACAUCUUUGGCAGUAGGAUCAAAGGCAGGCUACAAAUUUUUUUCUUUAAACUCUAUUGAUCAUCUUGAAAAAAUAUAUGAAAAUGAUACUGAGGACAUAUACAUUGUUGAACGACUAUUCAACAGCAGUCUUGUGGCGGUAGUUAGUUUAAGAUCACCUCGUAAACUCAAAGUUUGUCACUUUAGGAAGGACUCUGAAAUUUGCCAUUAUAGUUAUUCCAAUACUAUCUUGGCUGUGAAACUCAAUAGAGCACGAUUAGUGGUAUGUCUAGAAGAGUCAUUGUAUAUUCAUAAUAUAAGAGAUAUGAAGGUGUUACAUACAAUUCGUGAUACUCCACCUAAUUUAGCAGGUCUGUGUACAUUGUCAAUAAAUAGUGAUAAUAGCUAUUUAGCUUAUCCAGGCUCAAAUACAAUUGGUGAAGUUCAAAUAUUUGAUGCAAUUAAUCUUCAAGCUAAAACUAUGAUCCCUGCACAUGACAGCCCAUUGGCAGCACUUGCAUUUAGUCCUAAUGGUACCAAAGUAGCUACUGCUUCUGAAAAGGGUACUGUAAUUAGAGUUUUUCAUGUUCAUGAUGGUACAAAACUAUUUGAGUUUCGUCGUGGAGUUAAACGAUGCGUAUCUAUAAGCAGUCUUGCUUUUAGCAUGGAUUCUAUGUUCCUUUGUUGUUCGAGUAAUACAGAGACAGUGCAUAUUUUCAAGUUGGAAGAACCAAAGGAAGCUUUGCGACAAACGCCAGAAGAAUCACAGACUUGGAUGGGAUAUUUAACAAAAGCUGUAUCUGCAUCUGCUAAUUAUUUACCUUCACAAGUAACCGAUGUUUUUAAUCAGGGACGUGCGUUUGCUAGUGUCCAUUUGCCAUUUCAAGGGUUGAAAAAUGUUUGUGCCAUCACAGUUGUGCACGAAGUACUUAGGUUGUUGGUGGCUAGUGCUGAGGGUUAUUUGUAUGUUUAUAAUUUGGAUUCAACAGAAGGUGGAGAUUGUACAUUACUUAAACAACAUAGAUUAGAUGGUAAACGAGAUGAAGUAGACUGUGCUAGUGUAUCUACAGCGGGAUCAGGAUCUGGAGAACCCCCUUCAAGAACAACACCACAAAUAAUACAAAAUGCAGCCUGCAUAAAUACCUACGCGGGUGCGUUGCGCGGUCGCUCGCCAGACUCCAUGUCAGAGUCAGAGAAGUAUCACGAGAUGAUAGCAGCAACUGAGAGUCCACCAAGCUUUUCAGGUUUCUUCCGUUUGAAAGAUGAUGCUGAAUUUCCACCUGUUACGCAAAGGACGGAUUAAGUGUAAUAAUUCAAGCAUAUCAAAAAUUAUGAAUGAAGAUGAAUUAUAUAUAACAGUGAUCGAAAUUAGGACACUGAGUACAGGUCAAACUAUAAAUCUAUAAUCAUAGCUAAUGUUGC